AUGGCAACAACAGAUGAUUCAAAUCUAUGUUCGACAUGUAAUAAACCAGCCGCUAGACGAUUUUGUGUUGGAUGUAAAAAUUAUUUUUGCUCAAAGGAUUUCAAAGAACAUGAACAAGAUUUAUCGACGAAAUUCGAUAACGAAAUAGUUCAAUCACAUGAUGAACUUUUUGAUCAAAUUCAAAAAUUAGACCAACCAAAUUAUUUAUCAUUCAAUCUUUUUGAUCAAAUUGAAGAAUGGAAAAAGACAACAAUUAGAAAAGUUGAAAAAGCAGCAGAAAAUGCUCAUCAUGAACUCACUGAACUCAUCAAUAAACAAAGAACAGUUCUAAUACAAGAACUAGAACCAAUUACAAAAGAAAUUCGUUCUCAUCGACAAGAAGAAAAUUUUGCUGAAAAUGAUAUUGAAAGACUGAAGCAGAAAUUAAAUGAAACGCAACGAAAAAUUCAACAAUUUAUUCAAGAAUGUGAAAAUAAAACCAUCAUAAUUGAUAAUGAUCAAAUUAAUUGGAGUCAAUUGAUUUAUAUUUGUAAACCACAGAACUUGAUUCCUAGGAUUCCUGUCAACGCACAAUGGUCACCACAUGGAAAGACUGUUGCCGGAAACAAUGGAGUAGGCAAUAUCGUUAAUGAACUCUGUCGGCCUUAUAGUCUCUCCGUUGCUGAUGAUGAUCAAACGAUCAUCAUUGCUGAUAGCUGGAAUAAUCGUAUCGUCCAAUGGAAGAUAGGUGACACAAAUGGACAAGUCGUAGCUGGAGGAAAAGGCCAAGGAAAUGGAUUAAAUCAAUUGUGUUGUCCGACUGAUGUAUUAAUUGACAAAGAGACUGAUAGUCUCAUUAUUAGUGAUUGGCAAAAUCGACGAGUCGUUCGAUGGUCUCGUCGUAAUGAAACUAUACAAGGUGAGAUUCUUAUCAAUAAUGUCUGUUGUAGAGGAUUAUUUAUGGAUAAUCAACGAUGUCUAUACGUCUCUGAUAAUGAGAAACAAGAAGUAAGACGAUAUAGAAUGGAAGGAGACAUGAGGAAUGGAGAUCUUGUCGCUGGUGGACAUGGAAAAGGUUCUGGUCUCAGUCAACUCAAUGCUCCACUUUUCAUCUUUGUCGAUCAACAACACGCUGUCUACGUGUCCGAUCAUCUCAAUCAUCGUGUAAUGAAAUGGAAUAAAAACGCUACAGCAGGAAUUGUCGCUGCUGGCGGUCAAGGAAAAGGUGUUGCUCUGACACAAUUGUCGCAUCCCGAAGGGCUCUUUGUUGAUGAAUUUAGUACGCUCUAUGUAGCAGAAUCGAGAAACCAUCGAGUAACUCGUUGGCCUCAAGGAGCAAUACAAGGCACUGCCAUCAUCGGUGUAGAUACUCCGAUAAAUUGGCCCGUAGGCUUGUCUUUCGACCGUCAAGGCAAUAUUUACGUCUCUGAGAGUGGUCAAAAUGGGCCUCACAGGAUCCAACGCUUUUCUAUUCAAUAA